AUGCAUGAAGGAAAGGCCCUGCUUGAGGGCAGAGCCGAGAAGUCGGAGAAAGACUACAAAGUCUACCCUGAGGAAGACUUAAGAGAGCAGCGGGAAGACGAGGAGGGGCCCUGCAGGCGCCCCAGGAAGCGGCAGUGGCUACAGCCCAGAGAGCUGCUACCCGAGCACCACAUCGUCUUCGCCAGGCUGCUAAGCUUCCCUGGGAACCUGCACCCCUCAACGGGGACCCACAACCCGGUCUUUCUUCAGCUGACGCAGUGGGUCCUGGGACUUUCUCUGCUCUUUCAGGGGCUGCUGAGUGAAACUUGGAAAACAGGGGCUGGGUACCAGCUGGCCAUGGUUGUGGCCUACUUUAGCUGCUUCAGGCUGCAUGGCUGGCAGCUUCGCUGCCUGCAGCUGCCCCAGUUCCACUGCCAGAGUCUGAUGCUGCUGCACUCCAUGCGCUGGUGGACCAUGGUCAGCCGCGAUGAGUCCAAAGAGAUCCAGGCCUUCAAUCCUGAUCUGUGGAUUUGGAGCCGGGACCUCACACACCUGACCUUAGAGCCUUGCCCAGAGCAGGCCAGGGCCUGGGCAGGUGUCUGUUCCUCCAUCCUCUGGGCCCCGCCCCUCAGAGAGUCACCAGAAAAGGGAAGUGCAGCCGCCCCCAGCCUCACCUCAGCCCUGCCAAAAAUAGAGGCGGCCUGCCAAGGGCUUGGGCUUCUGGGGAGGUUGUGCUGGCAGACACAGAAGAGCCGUGGGAAAGGCCGCAGGCAGUGGGUGCAAGCGAGGGCAACCAGAGCUCAUGGUGUCCAUAGGGAAGAGGCGCUGCUGAUUCAGGCUCACACUGCCCUAGGGCCCCGAGUAGUCUCAUUUGCCCUGGACCAUCACAAGACCCCUGUGGUCUCCGAUUCCUGCAGGCCAUGGGAGCCACCCCAGUUUUCGCUGCCACCAUGUAGCAUGCAGAUGGAUGUGUCUCUGGCCUGCACUGCUGGCUCAGCAGAGCAGCUGCGGGCAUGGGUGAAGGACACGAUCCGUCAGCAGCCAGAGGCAGACAGCAGUUGCAGAGACAGAGAGGGCGGCCUGGCUCUGGCCUUCACUGUUCCAGGUGCAGACGGGCCCCUCGGGGCAGGACCAACCUGGCCAGGACUAGCAGCUGACAGGAGGGAGGGGCAGCGGCAGCUGCGGAGCCAGCCCCAUGCCAGGUAUGUCUGUCCUCACCUUCCUCCAGAAGCUCCAGGCAGCGGAACACCCGAGAUGGAGGACUUUGCGGACACGCUCAAGGAUGAGGACGCUCUGUGGGAGAACGUGGAGUGUAACCGGCACAUGCUGAGCCGCUACAUCAACCCGGCCAAGCUCACGCCCUACCUUCGGCAGUGCCGGGUCAUAGAUGAGCAGGACGAAGAGGAAGUGCUCAGCGCCCCCACACUGCCCUCCAAGAUCAACCGCGCAGGCCGACUGCUGGACAUUCUGCACACCAAGGGCCAGCGGGGCUACGUGGUCUUCCUGGAGAGCCUGGAGUUCUACUACCCCGAGCUCUACAAGCUGGUGACUGGGAAGGAGCCCACCCGCAGGUUCUCCACCAUUGUGGUGGAAGAGGGUCACGAGGGCCUCACGCACUUCCUGAUGAACGAGGUGAUCAAACUGCAGCAGCAGAUGAAGGCCAAGGACGUGCACCGCUGCGAGCUGCUGGCCCAGGCACGCCAGCUGGAGGACGAGAAGAAGCAGCUGACACUGACGCGCAUGGAGCUGCUCACCUUCCAGGAACGCUACCACAAGAUGAGGGAAGAGCGCGACGGCUACAGCGAUGAGCUGGCCAAGGUCAAGGAUGACAACUACAACCUGGCCAUGCGCUACGCGCAGCUCAGCGAGGAGAAGAACAUGGCUGUGAUGCGAAGCCGCGACCUGCAGCUGGAGAUUGACCAGCUGAAGCAUCGGCUGAACAAGAUGGAGGAGGAGUGCAGGCUCGAGAGGAACCAGUCGCUGAAGCUCAAGAAUGACAUUGAGAACCGGCCCAAGAAAGAGCAGGUGCUGGAGCUGGAGCGGGAGAACGAGAUGCUCAAGACCAAGAUCCAGGAGCUGCAGUCCGUCAUCCAGGCCGGGAAGCGCAGCCUGCCUGACUCAGACAAGGCCAUCCUGGACAUUCUGGAGCACGACCGCAAGGAGGCCCUGGAAGAUCGGCAGGAGCUGGUGACCAAGAUCUACGACCUGCAGGAGGAGGCGCGCCAAGCUGAGGAGCUACGGGACAAGUAUCUGGAGGAGAAGGAGGACCUGGAGCUGAAGUGCUCCACGCUAGGCAAGGACUGCGAGAUGUACAAGCACCGCAUGAACACGGUCAUGGUGCAACUGGACGAGGUGGAGCGAGAGCGUGACCAGGCCUUCCAAUCCCGGGACCAGGCACAAACCCAGUACUCGCAGUGCCUCAUCGAGAAAGACAAGUACCGCAAGCAGAUCCGCGAGCUUGAAGAAAAGAACGACGAGAUGCGCAUCGAGAUGGUGCGGCGGGAGGCCUGUAUCGUCAACCUAGAGAGCAAGCUCCGGCGCAUGUCCAAGGACAGCAGCACCCUAGAUCAGAGCCUGCCCCGGAAUCUGCCAGUCACCAUCAUCUCUCAGAGCUUGGGGGACAUCAGCCCCAGAACCAAUGGCCAGGAAGCCGACGACUCUUCCACAUCUGAGGAUUCUCCAGAGGACAGCAGAUACUUCCUGCCCUACCACCCCCCUAAGCGCAGGAUGAACCUCAAGGGAAUUCAGCUGCAGCGUGCCAAGUCCCCCAUCAGCCUGAAGCAAGUGGCUGCUGACUCUCAAGCCCGGGGACACGAGGAGGAUGGCAGCACAGGAAGCCCUAGCUCCUGCAGGUCUCCACCUGUCUCCACCACCUUCUCCAUGCCCCGACACCGGAUUCGGUCCAGCAUUAUGUCCAUCACGGCUGAGCCCCCAGGGAAUGAUUCCAUCAUGCGGCGCUGUAAGGAGGAUGCCCCUCACCGCAGCAUAAUUGAGGAGGACAAUGACAGUGGUGGCUUUGAGGCCCUGGACCUUGACGAUGACAGCCAUGAGCUCUCGUCCUUUGGGCCCCCCUCUAUCCACUCCUCAUCCUCCUCCCACCAGUCCGAGGGCCUGGAUGCCUAUGACCUGGAGCAGGUGCACCUCAUGUUCAGGAAGUUCUCCCUGGAAAGACCCUUCCGGCCAUCAGUGACUUCAGCAGGGCAAACACGAGGCCCUGGGCUGGUGGUGCACCGGACCACUCUGAGUGGGGACAGUCUCCCAUCCCAGCUCACCCUGCUCGGCGGUAAUGCACGAGGCAGCUUUGUCCACUCGGUCAAGCCAGGCUCACAGGCAGAGAAGGCCGGACUCCAUGAGGGCCACCAGCUGCUGCUGCUCGAGGGCUGUAUCCGGGGCGAGAGGCAGAGUGUCCCCCUGGACGCGUGCACAAAGGAAGAGGCACGCUGGACCCUCCAAAGAUGCAGCGGCCCCAUCACGCUCCACUACAAGGUCAACCAUGAAGGGUACCGGAAGCUGCUAAAAGACAUGGAGGAUGGAGCCAUCACAUCCGGUGACUCCUUCUACAUCCGGCUAAACCUGAAUAUCUCCAGCCAGCUGGACGCCUGCUCGCUGUCCCUCCACUGUGAUGAUGUGGUGCAUGUCCGUGACACCAUGUAUCAGGACCGCCACGAAUGGCUAUGUGCGCGUGUAGACCCCUUCACCGACCAUGACUUAGAAGUGGGAACCAUCCCCAGCUACAGCCGGGCCCAGCAGCUGCUCUUGGUGAAGCUGCAGCGUCUGGCCCAGAGGGGCGGCCGGGACGACUCUGAACCUGCCAACCACACACUGCGGACCCUCCGGAAUACCCUACAACCAGAAGAACCACAGCCGGCCACGGACCCCCGAGUCAGCCCCCGCCUCUCAAGAGCCAGUUUCCUGUUUGGGCAACUUCUGCAGUUUGUCAGCAGGUCUGAGAAUAAGUACAAGCGCAUGAACAGCAACGAACGCGUCCGUAUUAUCUCAGGAAGCCCGCUGGGGAGCAAGACCCGGGCCUCGCUGGAUGCCACCAAAGCCCAGGCUGAGAGACCGGAAGAGUCGGAGCCCGAAAGCGAAUUGAGCAGGACCCUCAGCCUGACCCCCUACAGCCUGGUGCGCCCUGUCUACUGCGAACGCCGCCGGCCUGUGCUCUUCACACCCAGCAUGCUGGCCCGGGCGCUGGUGCAGAGGCUGCUCAACUCAGGUGGCGCCAUGGAGCUCACUAUGUGCAAGCCAGACGUCCUCACGAGAGAAGAGUUCCUCAGGAAGCAGAAGGCAGGGACCAUCAUCCACUCCCGAGAGAAGAACCCCAACACCUUCGAGUGCAUUAUGCCAGUCAACAUAGAGGCUGUGGCUGCCAAGAAUAAGCACUGCCUGCUGGAGGCUGGGCUGAGUUGCUCCCGCGACCUCAUACGGGCUGGCAUCUACCCCAUUGUACUCUUCAUCCGUGUGUCCGAGAAGAACAUCAAGAGGUUCAGGAAGAUGCUGCCACGGCCCGAGACAGAGGAGGAGUUCCUGCGCCUGUGCCGGCGGAAGGAGAAGGAGCUGGAAGCGCUGCCCUGCCUCUACGCCACGGUGGAGGUGGAUGCGUGGAGCAGCGUGGACGAGCUGCUGCGUGUCCUCAAGGACAGGAUCGCCGAGGAGCAGCGCAAGACUGUCUGGGUGGAUGAGGACCAGCUGUGAGGAGGACACCUGGGUCCAAGGGGCCCAUACAGAGGUCAGGUCAGGGCCCCAGGUGCCAUCUGAGGAUGCAUCUCCCAGCCCAGUCAGGGGCCACCAGGGGGCCGGCAGGGCUGUGGGAGGUUCCCAGGGCCGCAGGGCUGUGACCACACAAGAGAAGCAUGAUGCCCCUGGGGCUGGCCUGGCUCCUGCAGACAGAUGGGAUCUGCCAUGCAGGACACAAGCU